CGCUGCUUCUUACAGAAAACUCUGGAAAUCUACUCCGUGGAGCUCAACGGAACCAGAGGCCUCGAACCCACGGACGCGGGGGAUGGCGAGAAGUACAGAGGUCUGAAGAACAGGUGCCCGGGCAAGAGGAGCCCCCAGAAGGAGGAGUUUAAGAACGAGCUGGAUCUGGAUGACCACAAGCUCAGCAUCAGGGAGCUGGAGAGGAAAUAUGGCACCGACAUCAUCAUGGGUCUUUCCAGCACCAGAGCUGCCGAGCUGCUGGCCCGAGAUGGGCCCAAUGCCCUCAGCCCUCCCAAGCAGACACCAGAGAUCAUCAAGUUCCUCAAGCAGAUGGUGGGGGGCUUCUCCAUCCUCCUGUGGAUCGGCGCUUUCCUGUGCUGGAUCGCCUAUGGGAUCCAGUACUCCAACAAUAUGUCCUCAUCCCUGGACAGCGUGUACUUGGGCGCCGUUCUUGUCCUGGUCGUCAUUCUGACGGGGAUCUUUGCUUAUUACCAAGAGGCAAAAAGCACCAACAUUAUGUCCAGCUUCAGUAAGAUGAUUCCUCAGCAAGCUCUUGUCAUCCGUGAUUCUGAGAAGAAGAUCCUCCCUGCAGAGCAGCUGGUGGUGGGGGAUAUAGUGGAGAUCAAAGGAGGAGACCAGAUCCCUGCAGACAUCCGGGUGCUGUCUUGCCAGGGGUGUCGGGUGGAUAACUCUUCUCUCACGGGGGAGUCUGAGCCCCAGUCCCGCUCCUCUGAGUUCACCCAUGAAAACCCCUUGGAAACAAAGAACAUCUGCUUCUAUUCUACAACCUGUCUAGAAGGCACUGCCACCGGCAUGGUCAUCAACACAGGUGACCGCACUGUCAUCGGCCACAUUGCCUCCUUGGCCUCCGGCGUGGGAAAUGAGAAGACACCCAUUGCCAUAGAGAUCGAGCACUUUGUUCACAUCGUGGCCGGAGUGGCCAUCUCCAUCGGCGUCCUUUUCUUCAUCAUUGCUGUCUCCAUGAAGUACCAUGUCCUGGACUCCAUCAUCUUCCUCAUUGGCAUCAUUGUGGCCAACGUGCCCGAGGGCCUCCUGGCUACUGUCACUGUGACCCUAUCACUGACGGCAAAACGGAUGGCAAAGAAGAACUGCCUGGUGAAGAACCUGGAGGCUGUGGAGACCCUGGGCUCCACCUCCAUCAUCUGCUCGGACAAGACCGGGACGCUGACCCAGAACAGGAUGACUGUGGCCCACCUGUGGUUUGACCAUCAGAUCUUCAUGGCUGACACCAGUGAGAACCAGUCAAACCAAGUCUUUGACCAAAGCUCUGGAACGUGGGCUUCCUUAUCCAAGGUAAUAACCUUGUGCAACCGGGCCGAGUUCAAGCCAGGACAGGAGAGCGUCCCUAUCAUGAAGAAAGUCGUGGUUGGAGAUGCCUCAGAAACUGCUCUUUUGAAAUUCUCCGAGGUCAUUUUGGGUGACGUGAUGCAAAUUAGAAAAAGAAACCGCAAAGUCGCUGAAAUCCCUUUUAACUCUACCAAUAAAUUUCAGCUCUCCAUCCACGAGACAGAGGACCCUGGGGACCGGCGCUUCCUCCUGGUGAUGAAGGGCGCCCCUGAGCGCAUCCUGGAGCGGUGCAGCACCAUCAUGGUGCAUGGCCAGGAGCAGCCGCUGGACGAGAGCGCGGCCCAGGCCUUCCACACAGCCUACAUGGAGCUGGGUGGGCUGGGCGAGCGUGUGCUGGGCUUCUGUCAUCUCUACCUGCCAGCAGACAAGUUUCCGGAAACCUAUGUGUUUGACACAGAUGCCAUGAACUUUCCCACCUCCAACCUGUGUUUUGUGGGGCUCUUGUCAAUGAUCGACCCCCCUCGGUCCACUGUGCCAGAUGCAGUCACCAAAUGCCGCGGUGCAGGGAUCAAGGUUAUCAUGGUUACUGGUGAUCAUCCCAUCACGGCCAAAGCCAUCGCCAAGAGCGUGGGCAUCAUCUCAGCCAACAGCGAGACGGUGGAAGACAUUGCAAAUCGUCUCAACAUUGCCGUGGAGCAAGUUAACAAAUGGGAUGCCAAGGCCGCAGUGGUGACCGGCAUGGAGCUGAAGGACAUGAGCCCGGACCAGCUGGAUGAGAUCUUAGCCACCUACUCGGAAAUCGUCUUUGCCCGGACGUCCCCCCAGCAGAAACUGAUCAUCGUGGAGGGCUGUCAGAGGCAGGAUGCGGUUGUUGCAGUGACAGGGGAUGGAGUGAACGACUCUCCGGCGCUCAAGAAGGCAGACAUUGGGAUCGCCAUGGGCAUCGCGGGCUCCGAUGCAGCCAAAAAUGCCGCCGACAUGGUCUUGUUGGAUGACAACUUCGCCUCCAUCGUCACAGGCGUGGAGGAAGGCCGCCUGAUCUUUGACAACCUCAAGAAGACCAUCGCGUACACCCUGACCAAGAACAUCGCCGAACUGUGUCCCUUCCUCAUCUACAUCAUCGUGGGGCUACCCCUGCCCAUUGGCACCAUCACCAUCCUGUUCAUCGACCUGGGCACGGACAUUAUCCCCUCCAUCGCCCUGGCCUACGAGAAGGCUGAGAGUGACAUCAUGAACAGGAAGCCUCGCCACAAGAAGAAGGACAGGCUGGUGAACAUGCCGCUGGCCGUGUACUCUUAUCUACACAUCGGCCUCAUGCAAGCCCUGGGGGCGUUCCUUGUGUAUUUCACUGUCUACGCACAGGAGGGCUUCCUGCCCAGCUCCCUCAUCAACCUGCGGGUGGAGUGGGAAAAGGAUGACGUGAACGACUUGGAGGACAGCUACGGGCAGGAGUGGACACGCUACCAGAGGCAGUACCUAGAGUGGACAGGCUACACAGCGUUCUUUGUUGGCAUCAUGGUCCAGCAAAUAGCCGACCUGAUCAUCAGGAAAACCCGCAGGAAUUCCAUCUUCCAGCAGGGUCUCUUCAGAAAUAAAGUCAUCUGGGUGGGGAUCGCCUCACAGAUCAUUAUCGCACUGAUCCUCUGCUAUGGCCUCGGAAGUGUCACUGCCCUGAGCUUCACCACACUCAGGCCUCAGUACUGGUUUGUGGCUGUGCCGCACGCCAUCCUGAUCUGGGUGUAUGACGAGAUGCGGAAGCUCUUCAUCAGGCUCUACCCUGGAAGCUGGUGGGACAAGAACAUGUAUUAUUAAGACCACCCACUUCCCAUGUCUUCCAUCGCCCCUGGGGG